AUGAAGAAGCUAGUGGUUUUGCUUUUGCUCCUGGCAUUGAGUUAUGCUGCAGAAUAUGAUGGAGAAUGCGAGUCUUUUUGGCCGUUAACACCCAGACCUCACACCAUUUCCAUUUUGGAAUUUGGAGCUGUCGGGGAUGGAAAAACAUUAAACACUCUGGCAUUUCAAAAUGCCAUUUUCUAUUCGAAGUCAUUCGCUGACAAAGGUGGUGCCCAACUUUAUGUACCCAAGGGAAGGUGGCUUACUGGAAGAAUCAACCUUACUAGCUAUAUGACGCUUUUCCUGGAAAAAGAUGCCAUCAUUCUUGGCUCUCAGGAUCAUAGUUACUGGGACAUAGUCGAGCCUUUACCAUCUUAUGGCCAAGGUAUUGAGCUACAUGAUAGAAGAUAUGGCAGCUUAAUUACUGGAAAUAAUUUAACUGACGUUGUGAUAACAGGUGAUAAUGGAACAAUUGAUGGCCAAGGCUCCAUGGAGCAAUUCACUGCUCAUUCUCUAAAUUUCAGUCGACCGCAUUUAGUGGAAUUCAUUGGUUCAAACAACAUUGUUAUAUCAAACUUAACCUUCUUAAAUGCACCUGCUUGGAACAUUCACUUUGCUUAUUGCAGGAAGGUGCUAGUUCAGAACGUAACAAUUUAUUCUCCACCUGAUGCUCCAUACACCAGCGGGAUAGUCCCAGAUUCUUCCGAGCAUGUUUGCAUUGAGAACAGCAACAUUAGCACGGGUUAUGAUGCUAUUGCGCUUAAAAGUGGUUGGGACAAGUAUGGAAUUGCAUAUGGCAAACCGACUGCAAAUGUACACAUUCGGGGGGUUUCUGUGCAUUCUUCUUCCGGAUCGGGAAUCGCUUUUGGCAGCGAGAUGUCAGCUGGCAUAUCCCAUAUACUGCUGGAGCACCUUCAUGUGCACAACUCUCCUACUGGCAUUGGGCUUAAGACCGAUAGAGGAAGGGGUGGCUAUAUCAAAGGCAUAUACAUAUCAGACGUGCUCAUGGAAAAUGUACAGCGAGGAAUCAAGGCAACAGGUCAGUGCAAAUCACAUCCUGAUGACAGAUUUGAUCUUCAUGCAUUGCCAGUGGUCAGUGGCAUCACCUUUAAGGACGUGUUUGGUGUAGAAAUUGCUACGGCUGGGAUAUUUUCUGGAAUUAGUGAAUCUCCUUUCACUUCCAUAUGUUUGUCAAAUGUUACGUUCUAUGUCACCUCUAACCCUUCCACAUCAUGGGUAUGCUCCAACGUGUUCGGUUCCUCUAGCAAUGUGUCACCUGAACCCUGUCCAGAACUCAAGAGCUCCUUUACGAAUUUGUCAUCUAAUUGUUUCUUCAUCUCCUACCCAAAUAUUCAAGUUACAGUUUCAUGA